CAGAAGGGGGUCACAGCAGCUAGGGGCACCUGCUGGGCUGAAGGUGUAGGCCAACUGGGGAAGGGGUGGGCACUGAUGUCUAGCAAGAGCCCUUGCUAGGUGGAGUCCACCAGAGCAUCACCGAGACCCCACCAUGUUCCUCUUCUCCCGAAAGACCAAGACCCCCAUCAGUACCUACACUGACUCUUACAGGGCUCCUACCUCCAUCAAGGAGGUCUAUAAGGACCCACCUCUGUGGGCCUGGGAGGCCAACAAGUUUGUGACCCCGGGUCUGACUCAGACCAUGCAGCGCCAUGUGGAUAUUGAAACCUUGCAGAGGAUGCUCAAAUGUGCGACACAGGACUAUACCUAUAAGAGUUCCAUUCCAGGCCAUCCCUACUUGCCUGAGAAGUACUGGCUCUCUCAAGACGAAGCAGACAAAUGCAGUUCAAACUCCCUGUGCAGUGACCGGUACACAUGGAGGACUGGAUCUUACAACAGCAACUGCUGGAACAAGUAUCCCACCUACCUUCCCAGGUUGACUAAGGAGGCUGGGAUGGAGACUGCAGAUCGAGGAAUGCCGUUGGAGUGCCCUCCUAAGCCUGAGCGGCUCAAUGCCUACGAGCGCGAAGUGGUGGUGAACAUGCUGAACUCACUGUCACAGAACCAGCCGCUGCCGCAGAUCACGCCCCGAUGCGGGUGCGUGGACCCGCUGCCCGGCCGCCUGCCCUCCCAAGGUUACGAAAGCGCCAGCUCGGGGCGCCACUACUGUCUGCGCGGGAUGGACCACUGCGUCACAGGGGCGCCCUGCGCCGAUCGCCGCCUGCGGCCUUCGUGCGGGGACCUGCCGACUGUAAGGGGUGUUUCGCCCUAUGAGCACAGGCCCGGAAUGCAGUGUGCUGUUACAACUCCUCCGCCGUCGUACUAUCCAAGUCCGAACCUUAGAUGGGACACAAGUCACUUCAAGAAGUCCGGUGGUCCCCAGAGAAACAACUAUGUCGUCCAUCCUGAGUUUGUAUCCGAGACCUACCCCGACUACCGUAGCUGGUAGAACCUAGGCUGAUAGAGCCUGGGCUGGCUGGGCCAAGGGGUGAAGCAAUAAAUAAACUCUUCACCACCAAA